GGUCCCCGGCUAAAAGAAUAGGCUAAUUAACUAAAUUUGAAAAAUUGGUUUAAAAUAUACUUUGAUGUUUAUUUUACCCCAAAAACCCUAUAUUUUUGAAAAAUAGCGUUAUUCACAAUAAGUAUUUUGCAUUUAAAAAAACCAAUUCAAAUUAUCCUCUAAAACGCUUAAGACUGUCAUGGCGUCUUGGAUGACGUCACGCCUUGGCAAACAAGUGUGUUUGUAUACAGAGAACGGAGAGUAUCAGUGUUUUAUUUAUUGAAAAAUGAAUCCCUCGUAUUACAAGAACUGUGUAGUGCCCCAGUGUACAAGCACAAGCAUAAAUACGCCAAACAAAUUAUUUAUAUAUGUUCCAAACGAUGUAAAAAUACGAAGAAAGUGGCUAACUCUAGCAAGAAGGGAUGAUGCUCAUUCUUUAUCAACAAAAUCGAGAAUGUAUUUUUGUGAAGAUCAUUUCGAUUUGCCGAAUGAUAUGCUUAAUUAUACCGAGUAUCAUGUUAUGGGAAGAGUAUCACAAGUGCGCAUGAAACCAGGUUGUACUCCAAGUAAAUUUGAAUGUCAAGAAGAUAGAAGAAAACGAACAUGUAGCAGCACAGAACGACCAUACAUAGUAAAAAAACAAAGAAUUACGACAAUAGCAGAGUGUCUUAAUGAAUUAGAUAAAAGUUGUAUUCCAAGUUCGUCUCUCGAAGAUACUCCUCAAACAAGUUCAGAUUUCCAAACAGUUGAACAAAAUGAGCCAGAAGUUACAUGUGAGCAUAAAGUUAUUAUUUAUAAUUAAAACAAAAGAGUAAGUAAAACACGCAGCUUAUAUUUUCUCACACACAACGGAAUAUAGAACAGAGAGAGCAUAGAUAAAAAAAAUAUUAGAAACUUGGACAAAUGUUAUUUUAGCCAUAACCUUAUUAUACAGUGUUGCC